AGACGCCACAGCUGCUGCUGUUCCAGCCGCAGCAGCCGCCGCGGACCGUCCGGGUCAUCAUCACCCCGCCCACGCCCGGUGCGGAGGCUGAGGUCGCGCACUGGCCUGGGGAUGAGGGAGUCGGCGAGCGUGGCGUGGCUGGGAGAGGGGCGGGAGGCGUGAGGAGGACUCAAAAGCAGCUUCCCCGCGGCGGGCAGGACUCCACUGCGCCUCUGCGCUGGAGAGGUCUUUGGGUGACUGACUGGACAGGCGCCCCAGAGACACUUUCUAGCCGGCAAUUCGGUGGGGUCCGUUGACUGCUGAGCUGUCGUGAUCUGGGUGGCAUCAGCUGGUGAGGGCAGACGCCACCUCCUGAGCAACCAGAACUCAGGAAACCAGAGAUCCCGGAGGAAAGAACCCAGGAGGAGAAAAGGGGUCCAGGGAGCCCAGCUGCUCAGGGUUCCCUUAGGUGCUGGUGGAAACCUGUCACAUGGCAGCAAGGGCAAAAUUGAAAAUGGCUUCCCCAGAACCUAAAAGCCUGGUCCCUUUCACCAGAGAGUCUCUUGAAGUUAUGGAACAGCAUAGUGCUAAAAAGCCCAGUGAGGAAGACAAAGAAGAUUUAAAACCGAACUGUGACUUGGAAGUCGGAAAAGAGCUUCCAUUUGUUUAUGGAAAUCUUCCUCAAGCAAUGGUGUCAGAGCCAUUGGAAGAUGUGGACCCAUACUACACUAAUAAAAGGACUUUCAUAGUAUUAAAUAAAAAGAGAACAAUAUUCAGAUUCAAUGCUACCUGGUGUACAUUGUCUCCUUUCAAUUCAAUCAGAAGAGCAGCCAUUAAGAUUUUGGUACAUCCCCUCUUCCGACUAUUCAUUUUGGUUAGCGUCCUGACUGACUGCAUAUAUAUGUCCAUGACUGAUUUGCCAAAAUGGGGGCCAGCAUUGCAGAAUACUUUGCUUGGAAUUUAUACAUUUGAAAUACUUGUAAAACUCAUUGCAAGAGGCAUCUGGGCAGGACCCUUUUAUUUCUUUGGUGAUUCAUGGAACUGGCUUGAUUUCAGUGUAACUUUAUUUGAGCAUAUUUCAAGAUAUUCACCUCUAAAUUUCAUUUCAGUAUUUAAAAUUAUGAGAAAUUUGAGAAUUUUGAAAAUUAUUCCUUUAAACCAAGGACUGAAGUCUUUUGUAGCCAUACUCAUCCAUUGUUUGAAGAAACUCACUGUGGUCAUUAUCCUAACUCUCUUUUUUCUGAGUGUAUUUUCUCUAAUUGGGAUGGGGCUCUUCAUGGGCAAUCUGAAGCACAAAUGUUUGCGAUGGCCCCAGGAAAAUGAAACUGACAUGCUGAAUAACAGAACUGGAAACCCAUAUUAUAUUCGAGAAACAGAAAACUUUUAUUAUUUGGAAGGAGAAAGAUAUGCUCUUCUUUGUGGCAACAGAUCAGAUGCUAGUCAGUGUCCUGAAGGAUAUGUGUGUGUAAAAGCUGGUGUGAAUCCUGAUGAUGGCUACACAAAUUUCGACAGCUUUGGCUGGGCCUUAUUAGCUCUAUUUCGGUUAAUGACGCAGGAUUACCCUGAAGCACUUUAUCACCAGAUCCUUUAUGCUUCUGGGAAGGUCUACAUGAUAUUUUUUGUUGUGAUAAGUUUUUGGUUUGCCUUUUAUAUGGCAAGUUUGUUCUUAGGCUUACUUGCUAUAUCUUAUGAAGAAGAAAAGCAGACAGCUGCUGAAAAAGCUACGAUUGAUCAGGAAUUUCAGAAGUCUUUACCAGAACUUCAAGAAGAAAAAAUAACAGCAGAGACCAAGACCAUACAAAUAGAAAUGAAGAAAAGAUCAUCAACUUCUAUGAUUACUUCUUUGGAUGCGUUGGAUGAUGCUACCAUCAGCCAUAAAGAAGUUUCAGAGCUUAAAAAAUCCAGGCAGAGAUGCCCAUAUUGUUGGUAUAAAUUUGCUAAAACUUUCUUGAUCUGGGAUUUUUCUCCCUGUUGGUUAAAAUUGAAAGAGUUUGUUUACAGGAUUAUAAUGGACCCAUUUACCGAUCUUUUCCUUACCAUAUGCAUUAUUCUAAACAUAAAUUUUUUGGCUUUGGAACACUAUCCAAUGAGUCUGGAAACCAGCAAUAUUCUCAGCAUUGGAAAUGUGGUGUUUAUUGGAAUUUUCACAGCAGAAAUGAUUUUUAAAAUAAUUGCCAUGUAUCCAUAUGGAUAUUUCCAAGUAGGCUGGAACAUUUAUGAUAGCCUAAUUGUGUUCCAUGGUUUAGCAGAACUUUAUCUAACAAAUUUUCAUGGACUGGCUAUUUUACGAUCAUUCAGGGUGUUACGAAUUUUUAGACUGGGAAGAUACUGGCCAACAUUUAAGAUUCUGAUGCUGACUCUUUGUAACUCAAUUGUGGCCCUGAAAGACUUGGUCCUGCUGUUGUUCACCUUUAUAUUCUUUUCUGCUGUGGUUGGCCUUAACCUGUAUGGUUCAAAAUAUAAAAAAUAUGUCUGCAACAUAAAUGAAGACUGUCAGCUUCCACACUGGCACAUGCAUGAUUUCUUCCAUUCCUUCCUGAAUGUAUUCCGGAUUCUCUGUGGAGAGUGGAUAGAAACUUUAUGGGAUUGCUUUAAAGUAGCAGGCCAAUUCAGUUGUAUUUCUUUUUACAUGAUGGUGAUUUUAAUUGGAAAAUUAUUGAUACUUUACCUGUUUCUGGCGUUGAUCAUCUCAUUUAGUUCAUACAAGCCUGCAACAACUGAAGAAAAUGAUGAAGCAAAAAAUCUCCAGCGUGCAAUGGCAAGAAUUAAAAAAGGAAUAAAUUAUGUGCUUUCUAAAAUAUUAUGCAAAAAACAAAAUGCUCUAGAGGAUACAUUGGACAAUAUAAGUGACGUCUAUGUUAAAGAGAAUAUUUCUGACCAUACUCUCUCUGAAUUGAGCAACACCCAAGAUUUCCUCAAGGAUAAGGAAAAAAGCAGCGGCACAGAGAAAAACACAAUGACUGAAAAUGAGAGUCAGUCACUAAUUCCCAGUCCCAGUGUCUCAGAAACUGUACCCAUUGCUUCAGAAGAAUCUGAUAUAGAAAAUCCAGACAAUAAGGAGAUUCAGAGCAAGUCAGGUGAUGGAAGCAGCAAAGAGAAAGUAAAGCAGUCGAGCUCAUCUGAAUGUAGUACAGUUGAUAUUCUCUCUGAAGAAGAAAUGGUCUAUGAACGUGAAAAGCCAAAGCAUCUUAGAAAUGUUUAUGAACGAAGAUCUUCAUCUGCUCAAAUCGGUAGAGGCCCCAAAAAAGGAAAAAUCUGGAAGAACAUAAGGAAAACUUGCUGCAAAAUAGUAGAAAACAAUUGCUUUAAGUGUUUUAUUGGCCUUGUCACUCUGCUUAGCACAGGUGCUCUGGCUUUUGAAGAUAUAUAUAUUGAUCAGAGAAAGACUAUUAAAAUCUUAUUAGAAUAUGCUGACAUGAUCUUCACCUACAUCUUUAUUCUGGAAAUGCUUCUAAAGUGGAUGGCAUAUGGUUUUAAAGCCUAUUUCACUAAUGGCUGGUACAAACUAGACUUCAUGGUUGUUAUUGUGUUCUGUCUUAGUUUAAUAGGCAAAUCUCGGGAAGAACUAAAACCGCUUGUUUCCAUUAAAUUCCUUCGGGCACUCAGAGUUCUAUCUCAAUUUGAAAAAAUGAAGGUGGUGGUGAGAGCUUUGAUUAAAACAACUUUACCCACAUUGAAUGUGUUUCUGGUCUGCCUUAUGAUCUGGCUGGCUUUUGGCAUCAUAGGAGUACACUUAUUUGCUGGCAAAUUCUAUGAGUGCAUUGACCCAACAAGUGGAGAAAGGUUUCCUCUAUCUGAAGUCAUGAACAGAAGUCAAUGUGAAAGCCUUGUAUUUAAUGAAUCCAUGCCAUGGGAGAAUGCAAAACUAAAUUUUGAUAAUGUUGGAAUCAGUUUUCUUUCACUGCUUCAAGUAGCAACAUUUAAUGGAUGGAUCACUAUUAUGAAUUCAGCAGUCGAUUCUACUGAUGUAGAUAUGCAACCUAAUUUUGAAAACAACAUCUAUAUGUAUUGUUACUUUAUUGACUUUAUUAUCAUUGGAUUAUUUCUUCCUCUGAGUAUGUUGAUUGGUGCUAUUGUUGCCAAUUUCCACAAGCAUAAAAUAAAGCAGGGAGGCUCAAAUAUCUUUAUAACAGUGACACAGAAGAAACAGUACCGUGCACUGAAGAAGCUGAUAUAUGAAGACUCUCAACAACCAGUACCUCUCCCAGAAAACAAGUUCCAACGAUUCAUCUUUGACUUGGUAACAAGUCGAGUUUUUAAUAUCAUCAUUAUGACUCUUAUAUGUUUCCAAGCAAUAACUGUUAUGAUACAAAGUGAUGAACAGAGCCCCAAAAUCGACACUGCUCUGUUUUGGAUUAACUCAGUUUAUGUUAUGCUAUAUAUUGGAGAAUGUGUACUAAAGCUCAUCGUUUUCCAUUGUAACUAUUUCACCAGUGGAUGGAACAUUUUUGACUUCAUGGUGGUUGUUUUCUCUAUUACAGGACUAUUUCUGCCUCUGAUGGUAGGAUAUUACCUUGUAUCUCCUUCCCUUGUGCAACUGAUACUUCUCUCACGGAUCAUCCACAUUCUGCAUCCUGAGAAAGGACUAAAGCUGUUCCAUAAUCUGCUGCUUCCUUUGAUGCUGUCCCUCCCCGCCUUGUUGAACAUCAGUCUUCUCAUCUUCCUGAUCAUGUUUAUCUAUGCCAUCUUCGGAAUGUACAAUUUUGCCUAUGUUAAAAAGGAAGCUGGAAUUGACGAUAUGUCCAACUUUGAAACCUUUAGCAGCAGUAUGCUCUGUCUUUUCCGAGUUACAAUAUUUGCUGGUUGGGAUGGGAUGCUCAAUGAAAUUUUCAAUAGUAAAUGGUCUGACUGUGAUCCUGAUAAAAUUAACCCUGGGACUCAGGUUAGAGGAGACUGUGGCAAUCCCUUUCUUGGGAUUAUUUAUUUUGUCAGUUACAUCCUCUUAACUAGGCUGAUCAUUGUAAACAUGUACAUUGUUGUUGUCAUGGAGUUUUUAAAUAUUGCUUCUAAAAAAAAAGCCAAGACAUUGAGUGAGGAAGAUUUUAGGAAAUUCUUUCAGGUAUGGAAGAGGUUCGAUCCUGAUAGAACCCAGUACAUAGACUCUAGCAAGCUUUCAGACUUUGCAGCUGCUCUUGAUCCUCCUCUUUUCAUGGCAAAACCCAACAAGGGCCAGCUUGUUGCCAUGGAUCUUCCCAUGGCUGUUGGAGACAGAAUUCAUUGCCUUGACGUCUUACUUGCUUUAACAAAGAGAGUUUUGGGUAAAGAUCUGAGCAUGGAGAAAGUUCUUUCAGAGAUGGAAUCAGGAUUGACAUUAGCUAACACUUUUAAGAUCACAUAUGAGCCAAUUACAACUACUCUGAAACGAAAACAAGAGGUAGUCUCAGCAACCAUCAUUCAGCGUGCUUACAAAAGCUACCGUUUGAGGCAGAAUGACAAAAAUACUUCAGAUACUCAUAUGAUAGAUGGUGACAGGGAAGUUCAAGCUAUCAAAGAACAUUCCUAUAUUGAUAAAGCUGAGGGAGUGUCAAUACUUCAAAGCCAGAUAUAAUCCCUCUUACUUCCUUUUCACCUUUUUUACAUGUCCCCCAAAUGUUAAAAGUUUAAGAAAGUAAAGAUUUCAUUUAAUAAUCAACUGGUUUAUAAUCCAUGAAAGAUUAGCUUGUGCUUACAAGAUCCCAUGUCCAACUUACAUUUACCCCUAAAUAUUCAAUCUAACCAAGACAACCCCUUAAUAUUACUGCAGAGUUAAAUUAGGUUAAAAUUGUUUAAUAUUCAAAUACUUGGUUUCUCUAUAUGGCUUAUAUGGUGUGUACUUCUUCUUGAGGAAGAAGGAACUAAUGGCAGAAAUUAGUAGGAAAAGGAACUUCUUUAUAUGUUUUAUGUCUACUUUAACUUGAUGAGAUUAAAGUCACCACUAAUAAGACUUAAUUACAAAUAAACAAGUACUUUCUUAAAGUGGUGUUUUAAAAAAUAAUACAGUGCUACAGGCCACUGAAUCAUAAACUAGCCUAGACAGAUACCAGUCAGGGGAAGGGAAAAUGCAGUUCUUAGAAGUGCCUUUGAGAUCAAUCAGAGAGACUCUUGGGCUGCUGAUCCAAACCAUUUUGGAAAAAUAUUGAUUAGAGCCCAGAUUUUGUUUUUGAUUGCUUUGGUUUUAUUUUACAUUUGGUCUGGGAGUUAGUUAUUUCAUUGCUCUUGGGUUCCCAGUUUCUCAUCUCUUUGGCCAGUUUCAGUUAAGGACCAGCUCUUUUAAGAGAACGGGUUCCUAGAACAUAAAGGGAACUAAAUUUAUGGCUUACAUUUUCAAAUUUUUCUCAUUUCUCCUUGGAAAAUAGUAAUCACUUUAACUACUUUUCACGGCACUUCAUUUUCUUUAUAUAUAACUUUAAGAAAGAAAUGAAUCACUAAAAGCAUGUGGACUCUGAACUAGGAGAUCAAAAUGUGAGUUUGUUAGUGGAAGUGUUUUAUAACAUUAGUGUAUGCAAGUCAAGUUUUCCUUUCUCAUUUAUUUUUCCAAAUUUUUUGUCUUACUUUUAUUUCAUCACAUACAUAACACUCUGUAAAAUACUUUCUGUUUGAAAAACUUUAAAAUACUAAGCAUUAAUUUUCACUAGUAAAAUUAAUUUUAAAGAUAGGCACAAAUAGUUGUUUUCAUGUAAUAAAAUUUAGUCACAGGCAUCUCUAUAGUUUGGGAUUCUGUUGUUUACUCCAUUGUCUUAAGACUGAUUUCUUUGUGCCUACAAAGUGCUAAAGGAUUCAAAAAGAAAAUAUGUACACUGUUGGCUUAACGACAAGUUUUAAAUAUGUUGUAUGGCAGUCAAUAUUACUUAAAUAUCGGUAAUUAUAUUUUACUAUGAGUGCAUGAUCUUGAUUGAGCCUUAACUAUUAUAAUCUAUUUCUGCUCCUCAGAAAUGUAUUAACCUGACCAAGAUGCCUUUGGGGGAUUCCCUAAGCAAAUGUAAUUUCAGGGUUCUGUUUCUGACUAUAAGUGUUCCUUCCUUCUCUCCUCCCAUUCGCCAUCAUGUGAUGGGGACCAGUGAGGAGUCAGUGUUAAUUUGGUGACAUGGUAACAGAUGGUGCUUUGUUUAAGCUUUUCAGUUUUCUAUUUCUUGGAAAAGCUUUAUUGUGGAAACUGCUUCAGGUACUUAAACUGAAUCUUAACUUGCUUCUGUAAAAUCCGUAAAGACUAUGAACUGAUUUUGGUUUGAAAGUUAUGUCUUUUAAUUAUAAAUCAUGUUUGCCACCAACCUUCCAAAAACUAUGUAAAGAAUUAUUUUUAGCAAAUCUUACAAUAUUGUACUUUUUAGAUAUUAAAAUAACAGUAAAUACUACUUGUUAACUAUGUAAA